AUGUGGGAUAGCGAGCGACUAGCACACCUCAAAGAGGAUCUCAACAACCGCGGUGUUUUCUCCUCCUUUAUCAUCCACCACACGCAGCAGAUCUCCAUGGCGGCGGUGGCGGGCGACGCCGACAACAUCAACAAGCAGGCGCGCAUGGUCCCCACAAUCGCUGUCGUGGGAUCGCUUGUCAUGCCGAAGCUGGGGCCGGUCCCGUAG